CGCCUUGAUCCAGGAAAUCAUAUUCUGUUUCGAGCUCUGAUAUAGUCCGCCAUGUUGUCGGUCUCUAAUGUUGCACGCUCUUGCAGAUUGGCUGGUCGCAGCAUCAAGUCAGUUGGUGUUCGGUCUUUGACUUUGCGUACCUCCUCGAAACCUCUGACACGUCAUCUUGAGGUGCAUCCCACUUUUCCUUCCCUGCGCUUGAGGUUACCAGACCUCCGUGCUUCGUUUUUCCAUCAGACAUCUUCUGCUCAUCAGGAGAGCGAGGCACGCGCAUCUUUGUCUGCUGCGGAAGAGGCUGGAGAGUUCAAUCAGGGUGGGUAUGUACCUGCUGAAUGGGAGUCAUAUCGCGGAAGGCUUCCGGAUGCUUUGCUGGACUCUCUCAAGGAUGUUUUCAAAUACAAAACGAUGACUCAAGUCCAGCAUGACAUCGCUGAGAAUAUUCCUAUGAAGACGGACUUGUUGGUUCGAUCCAAAACAGGUACCGGAAAGACUCUUGCCUUCUUGGUUCCUGCUGUGCAACGGCUCUUCGCGAGAUAUGAAGAAAUGCAAAUCGAUCCACGACGCUAUGCUAGAAAACGUGCUUCCGUUUUCAUUGUUUCGCCUACCCGCGAGCUUGCUUCCCAGAUCGCUACAGAAGCCAACAGGCUUACGCAGAUGGAGCCUGGUACGAAGGUCCAUUGUUUGGUUGGUGGCGAUAGUCGGAAGGGAGCCCUCAUUGGUUUGAUGCGGGACCGGGCAGAUAUUAUUGUUGGAACGCCCGGUCGCUUGCUCGACUUCUUGAAGUCUGAAGAUCAUAUGAAGGGUCUUGUGGAGGGAGUUCACACCGUUAUCUUGGAUGAAGCAGAUACGCUCCUUGAUAUGGGAUUUAAAGGGGAUGUCGAUGAGAUCCUGAGCUACCUUCCCAAGGAGCGCCAGACAUACAUGUUCUCUGCGACCCUUUCGCGGGAGGUCAAGCAGAUUGCUCAGAAAUCCCUUACUCCUGGAUAUGAUUUCCUUGAUUGUGUUGGCACGGAUGAUAUGGACGUUCAUCCUCAGAUCAAACAAGAGUAUAUCGUGAGACCUACCCAUGAGCACAUGAGAUGCGUCCUUUCUCUCCUCAUCGCCGAGCAGCUUGCCAAGCCACUGGGCAAGAUCAUUGUCUUCCUGCCUAGUACGGCCUUGGUGCAGUUCUACAUUUCCGCUUUCAAGUUCUUCAGGAGGCUGUAUCCGAACCAACAUUUCCAGCAAUGGGAAAUGCAUGCGAAGAAGGAGCAACGGGAUCGUUCCAAAAUUUCGAAUGCUUUCCGUACUGCCAAAACUGGGGGUGUGUUGUUUACAACCGAUGUGUCUGCUCGUGGAGUCGAUUAUCCCGGCGUCACUCAGGUUAUUCAAGUUGGUCUUCCCAGUUCCCGUGAUGCUUACAUCCACCGAGUUGGACGUACAGGUCGGGCGGGCAAGGCGGGUGCUGGUACAUUGAUUCUUUCUCCUUUUGAGGCCAGUUUCUUGCAAGAAAUGGAAGGCAUUCCCAUUACGGAAAAGGAAUUUCCGGACUCUGAAAUCGCACUUGGCGAGCAAGAGCAGAAGAUCUAUGAUUUGGCCUUUAAGUUUAUCCAUGCAGAUAAGGUCCAGACCGCCUUUACUUCUUACCUCUCCUACUACGCAAACGGUGGGAAUAAGAUCCGACUAUCGAAGAAUGAAGCUCUCAACGAGCUGGUGAAAUUCGCUGAAUCCUGCCAUCUCUCGGACCCAGACGUACCUUCCUUCUGGCAGGGGUCAGGGUCAAGACAACGCCGUUCUGGAGGCUUCGGUGGACGCGGAGGUUAUGGUGGACGCGGAGGUUACGGUGGCCGUGGCGAUGGCGAUGGCGGCUACGGUGGACGCGGAGGUUACGGGCGCCGUGGCCGUGGCGAUGGCGGCUUUGGUGAACGCGGGGGUUACGGUGGCCGUGGUGGCGGCAGCGGCCAUCGCGACUAUAUGACGGAUUUCGAAUAGACUCUGGCUGGCGUGGGGCGAAGGUUACAAGGGUUUAUGGGUUUGUUUGUUCCAUGGCGCCGUUUCGUUGAGCAUUUGCUCUCCUCAUUUGCAGU